GUUUAUAAUAAUAUCAAAAAUUGUCGGUUGUAUCGAACUCUGUCGAUUGCAGCAAAAAUUGUGCUAUUAAAAUGUUGCAAAUCAUUUGAAGAAAAUGAGUUUAGAAACUAUUUCCUCUCUACAUAUAUCAACCUAUCGACCUUGUGCCUAUAUACGAAUUGUUUAUAUAAAAAAACGCUAACACACAGCUAUGAAUGGUAUCUUUCUGAAAGAGGCGAGUUCAACAAGUGCAUUUCCAAAUACCAACGAAAAUGCCAAACCUCAAGAAACAAAUGCUAUUCAAACGCACAACUCUUCCGAAAAAAACGUCAACUGCGACGGAAAAUCAUUUUGCACUGAGGUGCCAAAUUAUUUAGAGCAAACGCAAUUACAUAAUAUAAGCUUGGAAAAUUUGGCACAAUUUCCAGCACAUUUCAGAGAUGAUUAUACAGGGGAUACUGCGGUGCGAUCAAUGCAUUACACUGACUCUGACGAAUUUGACUACUGCGAUUCGAUAACAAGGUUGGUAUAUCCACAAAGCGCUGAAACUAAGGACUCGAAAUCGGUACUGGUGGUACAACGCGGUGGGAACAAACAAGGAAUCUUAAUAGAGGAAUGCACUGAAACAAAUAAAGAAUGUAGAUUUGCAGAUAGCUUGCCGGUAGGCUACACAUCGACAUGCACUCAGCGCUACACUUUUCGAUCCGUAGUUGUAUUUAUGAAUGGUGAAUUGAAGGAAGAAUUAAUAAAGAUCCCCAGCUCCUGUAAAUGUUCAAUAAAAUUUAGGGGUAAUUAAAAACUGAUCGACUUGGAAAUAUGUGAAGCGACAGUGGAGCUGCAUUGUCAAAGAAACUCUUACUAAUACUCUUAUGCACAUUAGAGAUUAUUCAGAAAUACAUAAACAAUGUAUGCAUAAAAUAUAUCCUGUUGGUGAUAGUUAUGGGCGCUGUGAAAAAAUAAACGGGAAUGGUUUUUUAAAUGGCAAAUUCAUUUA